GUACAAAAAGUACCCCGGGGUACAAUGGUUAAUUUUAAGAAUUGGAGCUACCUUUCCAUCACUUAAUCCCUCUCCCGCCGCGAAUCGGAUAGAACAGAAAGAGGAGGACCUCAAGAUAUUAGGCUUUCUACAUUUUGUCUGAUUGGAGAUAAGGAAGAUAGAAAUGACACCUCGGUUCCUCUCGACGUUUCUCCUGGCUCUAGCAGCUUCCGCGACAGCGAAAUGGAUCGUCCCCGGCGCGCGAUGGUACGAUACCGCAGGCGAGCUGGUGAAUGCGCAUGCUGGGUGCGUCACCGUUGACCGCGAGACGGGGAAAUUCUUCUUGUUUGGAGAGUACAAGGUUGAAGGGCAGGUCGAAGGUGGUGGGAUAUCAGUGUAUAGCUCGCAGGAUUUGGCGACGUGGGAGAGGGAGGGGAUGGCGUUGGAACCGGUUGAGGGGCACCCUUAUAUAUCACCUGAGCAUAUCAUUCAACGACCGAAAGUGGUGUAUAGCGAAGGAACGGGGAAGUAUCAUAUGUGGUGGCACGCCGACAAUUCUACCUACGGCUGGCUCCUUCAAGGCUUCGCCCAAGCGGACAACAUCACCGGACCUUACAGCUUCGUAGACGCCACACUCCCUCUCGGCAACUGGUCGCAGGAUUUUGGUCUUUUCACCGACUACAAGGACGGCAAGUCGUAUGCGCUGUAUUCGAAUGGCGACCGUAAAGAAGCGCGGGAUGUGUACAUUACCCGAUACAACGACGAUAUCACCGAGUUGGAUGAGGUAGUUCAUCGAUUCGAUAAAUACGAUCUUGAAGCUCCGACGAUUCUGCAGACGGACAAGAGCUACUACGCGCUUAUGAGCCAUAAAACAGGGUAUAGGCCUAACAACGUCGUUGCCUUCCGCGCCGACUCUCUAAGCGGGCCCUGGUCCCAACCCUUCAUCGUGUCACCCCUCAACACCCGCACAUUCAACUCGCAAUCCGGCUUCUCGCUCCGCAUCAACGGCACAAAACAAACAACGUACCUCUACCUCGGCGACCAGUGGGAUUCAAACUCGCUCUGGGAAAGCAGAUACAUCUGGUUGCCCAUCGCCAUCGAUGAAGAGAAGAAGUCUCUCGAAGUAGUCUGGCAUGAUAUAUACGAUCUCAACAUGUAUGGAAACCCCCCUCCCCCCCUCAUGUAUUCGCGUUACCGAUAUAUUAACGGAAACGUGAACAGUGAAACGGGUGAUUGGACCCCAAUAGAAGGAACUACAUACCUCCCCACUGCGAACACAACAACAACCCACACAACAGGCUCCGCAUACCUACAAGAAGCAUCCUUCGCCUCUACCGGCAAAAUCCUAACCUCCAUCGCCGGAAACCACUCCACGGUAACCUUCACCAACAUCACGGGCACCGGGAAAUCGCAGUGGAUAUCCUUCUACUACCAAAACACCGACGACAUGGGGUUCGGCGACCAACCGGGCGGCACGCCCGAUCGUGUCGGCGGCGCGUGGCAGUUGAGGCGGAUUGCGAGCGUUUCUGUAAAUGGGGGCGAGGUGCAGAGUUUGUAUCAGAGGGAUACGCAUAAAGGGAUUGUGUUGAGUGCGCCGUUGAAGGUGGAGCUGAAGGAGGGGGGUGGGAAUGUGGUUACGGUUGGGGGGUUGUGGAAUGGGUUUGAUGUCAAGGCGGCGGAUUUGGAUCGGUUGGUUGUUUAUCCGCCGGAGGAGGAUUGAU